AUGUUCGGCACGAAAUGUACGUUCACACGCUUUCAGCAAAACGAGAAUCAUGAUCGGCGCCUUGUUACUCCGGCACCGUCGAUCGUGCAUUUAUGGGCGCAUACGUUUGCACUCGAUGGAAGCGUUGACCCCGGACGCGAGGCACCAAAAAGUCGCCGUCGACGUCAGGACAAUGGGGCCUCGCGCGAUGGUCCCCGCUCUCGGCGCGAUGCUAUCUCCGCCGCCAGUGAGCCGGUGACAUUCUUAGCGAUCCCUAUCAGUACCCGGGUCGACACCGCCGCCUCCCCUCUCCCCGAACAACUCGAA